GCUCCCCGCCCCGCCCCCGGCACCGCCCUGCGCAGGCCUGGCCGCGCCGGAGGCCUCGCCGCCUCGACGGGGGGCGGGGGGGAAACGGGAUACGGACACCCCCACACACCCCGGGGGCCACGGUGUGCGGUUCCCCCCCGGCUCCCUCCGACCUCCCAUACAGCCCCCGCGGGCGGCGGGGACGCGCGGAAGUCGCCCGUCUCCCGCCCACUGUGCUGUGGGGCGGCCCCGCGCGCGGGCGCUUCCUCCCUCAGCGCGAACAAAGGCCGCGGGCGGGCGGGUUUCGCUUCUGCCCCCGCCGCGGCCAGGCCGCAAACGAGUAUUUGAAGGCCUAACGUGAAACAAGAGAAAGAGAAAAAAAAAAAAAAAAAUGACCCGCAAACAGUAACCCCACAAACGGCGUUGUUUAACUACAGAGUCUCCCAGAACGAGCAGCGCCUGGAGGAGGAGCAGGUACCCCUUCACCGGAGUAAGGCCGUGUUGAAUACUGGGCCUCACAUAAACCAGGCAGGACAGAUGUUACCAAGAUGGAAUCAUUUCACACCAACACACACAUACUAAAACAUUACUACUUAAUAACGGAAAGUCUGUGCUCUGCCACCACUUGAAAUACGUGGAAUUCAGUAUUUCUGCAUUGGGAUCUAAAUAACUAGAAAUGCUUCUGGCUGACCUUCCAGAGAAUUUGUUAUUCAUUAUUUUCAAGAGAGUUACCCUACCAGAACAACUGGACUGUGGACAGAAUAAACUGCAUUUGAGAAGAGAGAAGAUACCUGCAGUUCCCCUGAAGAUGCUAAAUUAUGGCUACCCAGACAAGUUCUUAGCUCCCAAUCCACAACUUACAUCUAUCAAUUUAAGAUUGAACAGCACCAAAAAAGCAGAGGAGGCGGAGGAGGAGAGAAGAAAAGAGCGAAUAUGGAGGAGAAAAUCGAGUUUGACCUGCAAGUAAAGAUGAACCCAAACUCCGAAAAGCCUUCUGGCCGGGCUUCCCUGCUGAGCCUCCUGCGCAGAGGUCCCCGAGAGUUUGCAAGGCACAAAAGCUGGAAACGUGCACGGCGUUAUUGAGUGCUAACGAUGUCAGCCCCCGAGCAGCCGGGGGAUGGAGGAUUGCAAAUGCAGUUUCACAGCUCCGUGCUUGCUGAAGUAACCUGAAAGCGUUUCACUUUAGCGAAGCCCCUUAGGAAUCCGAGAGCGACGAGGCAGAAGUUUGUCAAACCUUGGCUCUGCCUCUUUCGGUUUCGUACCGACAGUCCGGGACAGCUUUUCAGAAAGCGAAGAGGUGGCGGUCGCCCCUCACCAGACCACCCACCCCCGCCUCGCCUCCCCGUUUAGAUUCCUUGGCGAGCUGCUGGCAGGCGGGCUCGCCAGCUGCGGUCGCCCCGGGCAUAUGGCAGGGGGCGGGGGCAGCCUGUUCCCGCACCCCGCCGGCGGCUCCGCCGCCCUUCUCCCUGCUCGCCCCGGGCUCCCUGCGCUCCAUGGCGAAAUCGCCUUUGCCCUUAGCUCGGGCUGCAUCUCCCUCCUCCUCCCCGCUGUGAUUAUUUGCGCAGGACAUGUCUAGCACCUCCGGAGCACUUUUAGUUUGCUCCCUCCCGCCCUCGGUGGGCUUAGUCUCUCGUUCGGGUGGUUAUUUGCAGCAAGGAGCUUUGCAGCCGGGCAGAGCGCUCGGAGGAAGAGCUCGGCGUUUCUGAAAGCGGCGGAGGAGGGAUGGAAGCGGCGGGCAGCGGAGCCGGGAGGGCGUGAGGCGGAGGGGCGGCCGGGGGCUGCCGCCAUGGCCCCCGGGCGGGCUGCGGCUCGGGGGGGCGGCUGCUGAGCCGCGCCGCGCUGCCUUCAACUCAGCCGCAACUUCGCCCGGCGAGCGAGGAUGGCAACACUACUGGAGCUCUGGAGCUGCCAAGGGAGCCAGGGAGCCCGGGUUUUGUUUGCCACUCUCUAAUAAAUGGGAGGAAAAUGGAAUUUCUUACCUGGGUUUUGCCUGCCUUGGUUCUACUGUGCACCCAGCAGCACAGGUGUAUCAGAGCUAUGAAUGACAUCGGGGAUUACAUAGGUUCCAACAUCGAAAUAUCCUGGUUACCCAACCUGGAUGAUUUAAUGAAAGGGUAUGCACGUAAUUUCAGGCCUGGGAUUGGAGGUCCUCCUGUUAAUGUUGCUCUUGCAAUUGAAGUAGCCAGCAUUGACCACAUCUCAGAAGUGAACAUGGAAUAUACCAUGACGGUAUUUUUGCACCAGAGCUGGCGAGAUGACCGUCUGUCUUACAACCACACCAAUGAAACUUUGGGCUUAGACAGCCGGUUUGUGGACAAGCUCUGGUUGCCAGAUACUUUCAUAGUAAAUGCCAAGUCUGCCUGGUUCCAUGAUGUGACCGUGGAAAACAAACUUAUCAGGCUCCAGCCAGAUGGAGUCAUUUUAUACAGCAUCAGGAUUACCUCAACAGUGGCCUGUGACAUGGACCUUUCCAAGUAUCCAAUGGAUGAGCAAGAAUGCAUGUUGGAUUUGGAGAGCUAUGGCUACUCUUCAGAGGAUAUCGUCUACCACUGGUCAGAAAACCAAGAGGAGAUCCAUGGGCUGGAUAAGCUGCAGCUUGCUCAAUUCACAAUUACCAAUUACCAGUUCACAACAGAAAUGAUGAACUUCAAAUCUGCAGGUCAGUUCCCCAGGCUCAGUCUCCACUUCCACCUUCGGCGAAACCGAGGAGUUUACAUCAUUCAGUCUUACGUCCCUUCUAUCUUACUAGUGGCCAUGUCGUGGGUAUCCUUCUGGAUCAGUCAGUCAGCUGUGCCUGCCAGAGUGUCAUUAGGCAUAACUACUGUUCUUACUAUGACUACACUGAUGGUCAGUGCCCGAUCUUCGCUUCCACGAGCAUCUGCCAUCAAGGCGCUUGAUGUUUACUUCUGGAUUUGCUAUGUGUUUGUCUUCGCUGCACUGGUAGAGUAUGCAUUUGCACAUUUCAAUGCUGACUACAUGAAAAAGCAAAAGAACAAGAUAAAAGCGAGAAGGCAGAGUGGAGAGAUAAACGUGAAGAAUGCCAUUGUUCUGUUUUCCCUUUCCAUAGCUGGUGUGAACCAGGAACUGGCAAUUUCCAAUAGGCAGCACCGAAUUCCCAGAAGCCUGCCUGGAUCAUAUGGCACAAUAGAAAUAGAAACUGGAGAGACAAAACAGCGGCAUAUAAUGAAACUGGAUAAAAAGAGUGGCCUGAAGUCCCUCUUUAAGCCCAUUGAUGCUGAUACCAUUGAUAUAUAUGCCAGAGCCGUGUUCCCAGCAGCCUUUGCAGCAGUCAAUGUUAUAUACUGGGUUGCAUACACAAUGUAAAAAAAAAAAAUUAAAAAAAAUCACGUGAAGAGCUACAAAUUGAACAGUACCUACAGACUAAAAAGCCCUUGCUGAAACUGUAUCGAUCCAUCUCUUCUCAAAAUAUUUUCCAAUGAGCUCGAGACACUUCUAAAAUCAAGGAGGUUCUGCUAUCAAUUCCUACCAAAAGCAGCAAUUUAUUACUGAUCUGAUUUGACACAGUAAUAACUGUACUCUGCCAAACAAGCCCAGCUCCUUAUUUCCUGUAUUACCAUGAGACAGUUUUUCAUAUGUACAUAUUUGCAGCAAAAGUUUAAAUCUUAAAUUACCAUGGUUUUCCUCCACUUUAAGGGUUGAGCAGUAAUGAAGAUUUGGCUUUUCACACUCAGAUCAUUUCCUUUUUUGUAAUGGAAGAGCUAAUUCCUCAAUUCUACACAUAGUGAUUUUCUGCAUCUGGCCUUCUGUGGGAUGGUCUAGGUUUAACAGUAGUGGUAAAGUUGGAGUUUUUAAUCAUAAGAAUCUCAUGAACAAAGUAAAAGGGAAUAGAGGGGAGUGGAGGCUUUUUCUUAAAUUAUUAUUUGUCUUUAUCGGAUAAAGUAUUGAAAAUAUUUCAAUACUCUUAGUCACAGCAUGAAAUAAAAUACACUACAUAAAAUUCUACUGGAUUGUUAAUAAUGACUGUAUUAAAUUUCAGAUCUAAGCUAGUGAAAGUUUAAACACUUAAACACAAUAAUGUUUAUUAGUUUACUAGGCCCAAAAAUAGAUAAAAGAAAAAGCUCAGGCUUCCUACAUUGGAUUGGGAAAAAUUUUAAAGGUGCUUGAUAAUUAAGGAACUCUGACUCCUUUUUCAGGAAGGACUUUAGAAUUCAUUCUGUUAAUUUUCAGUGAGAGUCUACCACGUGUGCCUCUGCAAAUACCCUUUUUGCAUCUGUCCCUAAAUAGCUGAGUAAAGUAAAAAAAUGUCAUAACUGGCUUUAAGUUACUCAGCUGCUUUGGAUAUUUUUGCCAUUUUCAUUCAGAGGUUGACCUAUUAUGUUGGGCCUCUUCCAUUCUUUGAAUAUGAAAUUUGUGAGUAGUCAUACACACUCUUUAAGUCAGGACUAGAUCCUCUCACCCAACUCAUGCAAAAUAACACUUUGUUCUGCAAAUAAUUCCAGUGAACUCAGCAAAUGAACACGGUAUUCACAACAAACACAAGUUUCACAAUCUCUAAAAAAUCACCACAGUAAAUGUAUUGGGAUAUGGAUUGAAACAACUGAAAUACUGUUGGUGUAGGAAAGCAAUGUAAGAUACUUCAAAACGGACAUUUUUUUUUUUGUGCAUUUAGUUACCUUGAAAUUGAGAGAUUGUUUUAAAUAUAGAGGCUAACACAAAAGUAAAUGUGGAAUGUGAGAGGGAGAGAAAGAAGGAAGCAAAGCAAGUGGCUGAAAGCUGUGAUGGAAGUAAGCAUGGGGAGGUGUGAGAUAAGUCAAAAGAUGUAGGUAAGAGGAAGAGCUGCACUGAGCUUUGAAGAUGGGGAUCUUGAACAUACUGGCUGCUGAUUAAUAGUUGUGAUUGCAAUAAGGAUGAAACAAGCAUUUGAUCACAGGGGAGUGUGCGCACAUUCCUCCUGCCUUAUCUGUGACAUAUGGUUUGAUUUCAUAGAACCAGCACUGAAAGACAGAGCGUUUUAACACAGAUUUACAAUGUGAAAUAAGAUUUGUUCAGUAUCACUGAAGUAAGAGAAUGCUUUGAAGAAAAAAUAAUGAUCCUGAGCUGAGCUAUAAUAGAAAAUAUGCUCCCAUCAAAAGUCAGGCUUAGGUUCACCUCAAUCUUUAGUUUCUGUUAUAAUGGAAAACCUAUCUGCCAACAGAGUGCUGGAAAGCACAAACUGACAUCAAGCUAUGAUUGUUCCACAGUCUCACCAGUCUAGCGCUAGACUGAGACACCUGGAUUCUGCUCCAAGAUCUUGCCACUGACUUGCUGGGGAAGCGUAGUUAAGUCAUAUCACUUCAUCAUCUGCAAAACUGAUAUAACGAUGCUGAUUUAUUUCCUAUAUCUUUAAGUUUUACAGAAGAAAAACCCUUCAGGAGAGACAGAAACUUACCCUCCAACUAGGUAAGUGCAUCCAACUAGUACUUAUGUAGUGCUAUUUACCAUAGCUUCUGAGACACUCAAGUACUGAAUUAAAGCAAAGUAUCACUCAACCUUCACCUUAUCCAGAAAGCUAAUGAAAUUCUGCAUCUCCUUCAAUAUAUGCAGGUAGUCAGGGGUGUCUUUUUUCCUCCCGGUUCUCCUAUUUUAUUUUUCUUGGUGUUUGUUCCUGAUGUUGAUGAUAUGCUACAUUACAGAAAUACACCUUUUUUUUUUUUUCUAAGCUUGUUUUUGGUCGUAAUCACUUUCUCCCCAAGGAAGUUCAAACGUUCCUAUUCUCUUCUGAAUUGAUCUUACUGUUUUAUAUAAUGAUUAAGUGCAGAGUGGAAUAAAAACAGCAGAAGCAUGACUCUACCUUUUCCAUCCUAAAUUGUUGUUUUAAUCAUGAUCCUGGGUCAGGUCCUUGACAUAUCUUAAGCCCCGCUUCUACCUCUCCUUUCAGCUUAAAACAGACCGUUUUCAAUUUACCCCUGAUCUAAUUCUUAUCUGGCUUCAGAAGCAUUAGAAAUUUAAAUAUAACUCUUGGAUGAUGCACCUCAUAGGCAAGGGAAGAUGGUAGGCAAGUCUGAAAUACUCUGCUCAGCACUUGGAACAGUAUCACCACAACAAUACUACAUCCUUUAGAAAGGCCAUAGUGCCUUAUUCUUCUCUGUUACACUUCAGUAAAUCAGAAAUAAUCUUUGGUUUAAAAUCAGUAGAUUAACUACUGCUGUGAAAGCAGAAUCUAACCUCUUUGUAUCCUGCUGGUUUCUCUAGCUAUUUAUUACAUUGCCUGUCAGAUUCAGUAUCUACUACUAAGUGAAAUUAUUGACUAAAUUCAAUUGAAGAAAUAUUCGCAGCAAGUUCCUGUAGAGUGUAAAUCAUAAGAAAAUAAUUCAUGUUUUGGGAAUUAAAGUUAUUAAAGAACAGAGAACAAAGCAUUGACCUAGUCCCUCUAAUGUGCAGUGGCUGGUUGUUUAGAGUAAUUAGCAAGAUGGUGGCUGCAGAUAUUAUAAAGGUAAUGUCUAAUCUAAUUACUUCAGGAGUAAUAGUUUGUAAUUGUGCACCUGACAUAACUUUACACUGAAGCCAACUGAGUAAUCACAUGGGGUUAUUGGACAAAAUUAGUUGCUUCUCCAUCUGGGAGUCAGUCAUUGGCUGCAUGCCCUGCUGACUUCUUCAGAGAUUUAUUCAAUUAGUUUUUUCUGUAGUUUGACUGCAGAUUUUCAAGGUGCACAGAUCAUUUGUGACUGAUCAAAGUAAAACGUGGCAGCAAGCUUUUCCUCAAAAAAACCCAUGAGGAAACAAAGCCAGAAUGCUAGACUAUCACAGUGUUGUAGACAGAAGCAUAAAUAAAGUUAAAAAAAAAAUAAUUUCAAAACACUGCAGGCAGUCAGAAAUGUGCACUGUGAGCAUACAUAUGGCAGUUGUGCCCAUCCCAGGCACAAGGUGACUCAGCGGCAGAACAGGUGUUUCAGCUACUGCUGCUGCGCUCGCAGGAGUAGCACAAGGCAAAACACCUCCAUCGUGAAGAGUGGGAUUUUCUCAAAUCUGUUUCCAGAGCCAGAAAUGGAAAAGUCAGAUGCCAUUCAAACUCUUUUAAGGAGAAACUUCAGUGCAGGAGUAUGGUGUAAUGAUUGGAGUCUUGCAUAAAUUUAAAUCUUCUGUACUUUUGCAUGUGCUUUACUUUCUUUUUAAAUUUAAAACCAUCAUACUCAAAAAUAAUCUGACAUUAGUACUUUAGAUGUAUUAACAUCUAAAGACAAUGCCCUAUGCAACUGUAAUUUCAUGAUGCCCUUAAUAAACAGAAAUAAACUAAAUUUUAUGUCAGUUGAAUACUGACUUUGGAUACAUUGAACUAGCGUCAAGGAGGGGGGGAAGUAUGUGACAGAUCAGAAGGCACUAUUUCUGUGCUGUACCUGAAAGCAUUUGUGUUCCUUUCAGCAAUUUAGAGCACUGCUCUAUGGACUGGCAUGUCUGUGAGAAAAAGAGUGGGAUAUGUGUUAAUGUAAUCAUUCUAAAUGUGAAGUGUUAAUAAAAUGUAGAUACACAGAAAUCGGAGCUUCUAUAAAUGGACAAAAUAGACAUUCCAACUAUUGAAGAUAAAAUGCAUUAGAAGGAAAAUCAAAAUAACCUCAGAGAUUUCACCCCAUAAUGAAAUCCUGCCUAUUCCGUGCCCAGGGGCUUGUAAAACUCUAUUUUGGCCUUGACAACAGAAGAGGAAGUACCAUUCUGUAUUCAUGAGUGCUUUCUGUGGGGCACUUAUGCAGACUACUGUAUUUAUGUUAAAAAGUAGCUGUUGCUGCCUCAAGAGGUUCAAAAGAAUCAGAAAGCACAAGAUGAAGAAAAAGAUACGGCAUGAUUUGUUUGAAAGUAAUGCUGGCAGUGACAGCAUUAUUAAGAGGUUAAUAUACAGCAGUGUCUGUCCUGAUUCUGGGUAAAAAUGAAAACAUUUAUCCAAGUUAAAGUAAAAGCUCUCACAUCAGUUCUUAACCAGUUUGCUAAUCCAAUAGGUAAUGUAGCGAAACCAAUUUAACUCAAUGAGGCUUCCACUGUUGGUACAACAAAACACUUAAAACGAUUGCUCUGAUUUUAAAUACUCAGAAUCAUUAACUUAAGAAAGCACUUCACAUUACAAGGAAAACAGCACCCCUGCAUAUUUGUCUAUGGAGCAGAAUAGAUAGCAAAAUGCUUGUUGAAAGCUUCUGAGAAUAUUUUAAUUUAAAAAACAAUCUGAAGCAACUCCCUCAUGCCCUCUUUAUUACAGCAGCUUGAAACACGUGCAACGGUUGAAAGCUUGUUUGAUGUUAUGACAAUACUGCGUGCAAUAUAUGUUACAAACACAUACAGCUAUUUCUUCUUCAUGAAAACUGAAUAAAAAUUUGGCAAUGAACAUGUCUAUUUGGAUGGAUUUGGUAUCUGAAAUUAGAAAGGCAGUGUCUCUUUCUGCCUUUAUAGCUUGUGACUUAAAUAAGUUUGAGGAUCUAAGUCCAUCGUUACAUAAUUUAUUAGGGAUAUGUUCUCUCCUUAUACCAGCUUUAUGUCACAACUAUUCCUUUUACUAAGUCUUGCAGAGUAGAAAUGAAUAUGAAAAGACAGGGAAGCCCAGGCUGUCAGAAAAUACAGCACCAACAGAACUAAUCCGAUACUAUUGGGAGUUCACUGUUCCACAAAAGGAUUGGUCCAAAAAAAGAAAAUCAAAUACCCCUCUUUUCUAAGGUAUCUGAAACCUCUAGAUUCACUCUAGAUCACUCUAGAUUUAGGACCAACCAAUACAUAGGACUAAUUCCACAGAACGAAAGAUCCCUCUAGCCCAGUGUCUCAUCUCCACCUUUUGCUCUAAGGUGCAUCAUGGAGCUGCUGAGUAUGUGCAUCUUUUACUUAAUAAUGCUCAGCACUUAUAAGCGCUGUUCUUUGUGUUCUCAAGUGGACCAAAGACAGAGAAUUACAAACCAAAGGAAAGUGUGUUUAUACUUUUAGGUCUCAGCUACACAAAAAGUUGCACUGAUUUAACCAAAUCAGUUUCAUAAGCUCCUUUUGUCAGUACUGUCAUUUCAGUUCACACAGAAAAGAAAAAACUAAUGGUAGAACUUCCUUGUGUAGACAAAGCCUGUGAAAUUUUCAUGAGGGGAUUUACUAAAAACAUUUUAACCUAGCUUUUGAGAACUGUUUAGAUGCUUAAUUGGAAUACUUUAAGAUAGUAAGGAGAAAGGUGCUCAGAAAGGUAAAGAAUAUUUGAAAUAGGUAGCAAAUAGUUUUCAGGCCAUGAAACUAAGUUGUUCAACAAUAAUUAACCCUACUACUAGUCCAAAUUUCACCUGACAAUAGGAGGAUUUCUGAUAGUGUCCUACAGAUGCAUUAAGGGACAGGGGAUGUAAACUGACUGUGCAUUCUUUAUUUCCUCCUGAUUGCUUUUAAAUAGUUUUUACAUUCCUGUAGUGACCAUACAACAUGAACCUAUAGAGAACAAUUAGAUUGUGGUUAAGGUAAAGGAUUCCUCAUACAGUUUGUGCUCCUUGGAAACUUCAAUAAACAAAAAAUGGUCUUCUGUGCCUCCUUUGCAUUAGGAUGCAGUACUUUACUGAACAGAAAUCUAACUCUACAUUUACAUUCCUUAAUUUGUUGGCUCAGUUUACUUUAUUGCAAAUAGAUGGGGGGCUGGGUUGGGAUUGUGUUUUUUUUUUUUAACCGCUUGAUGUAAUAAAUAAAGGUAAGGAAAACCAGUCUUUCAGGACCAGAGACUCAAGCUCCAACGUUCAUGUUCACAGGAUCCAUAACAACUUCAGUGGAAAACCUGGCACUUAAAGCGCCAACGGGAUCAGGCUCCUACCAUGUAACUAAUAAUACAUAAUAAAAUUAUUUAUUA